AUGCCGACCAGAGCACGGACUCUCAGUGCAAACCUUCUGAAUCCAGUUGUGUCACCUGGGCGGAUGCUGGGCUCAUCCAUAAGCUCUGCUAUUCUCUGCAAAACAAAGCUGUUUGUCAGAUUUCAUCUUCAACUUCAACAGACGUUAUCACCAGCAGAUUUUCUUCAAAUAUGUGAACCUGUGAAACAGCACCAUGUGACAUCUGAGAAAGAGUUAGCUCACAUUUUUCUAUACAGGAUGUUGAUGUUAGAUUACAGAGCCAGAUAUAUUCCUGUAAGACCAGGCAGUCCUGAGGCGACCCAUUCAGAGUCUAUUAGAGACAAUGAAAGUACUGAGAAUGAUUUCAGUGAUUUGGAUGCUUUAUUAAGUAUUGAAGACACAGAUCUCACAGAACAGACUCGUGUGCAUCCAAUAGACGUUCAGAUGGCAGUAUUUCACUGCUCAGACAGCUUUCUUAAACAGAUGAUGAUUACAAAGCUCUCUCAGUGUCAGUAUGCCUUACCUUUGCUUGUACCUGACCCAGUCACUAUGAAGAUCCAGUGUCCUCUGUGGACUUUCAGACAAAUAACAAAAACCUGGAAGGUAAUUGAAAUCAAAGACGGCUCAAACAUUGUCACUAUGAAGAGUGUUCCAGUCUGCAAAGCUCGGACACCCUUGGUGUCAUUUUUCCGCCUGGGUUCUCUGGCAGUGUCUAAAUCUCAGCUGAUCAACACUUUGAUCAACGACCGUCACAGCACCUUCUUCCACAGAAACUGUCCAGGAAGCACCAAGUCUCGAUAUCUGAUGGAUGGUGUGGCAGAGAUUGCCUGGUACUGUCCUGCUGGAAAACCCAAUGAUGCCUUCAAUGACUGUAUUGCCUUUUGUAAUCUUCGUGGUGAUGCUCUGUCGACUGAAAAACAGCGCAACAUACUAAUUGAAAAAUCCUCAGUGAACGUUUUUUUUGUUGCUUCUCUGCAAGAAAAUCAAAAAAACAAGGCAUUUAUAUCAGCUUGUCUUAAAUCUCACAAGCCUUUAAUUUGUCUCUGUGUCGACAGCUGUAACAUUAAGGCAAAAAAGGGAAUAUACAUCAUAGGUCUCAAGGACAGAAGCCAGGCAGAUGUAUCCGAACAACUGAAAGAGAUCAUUAAAGAAAGUUUAUCUUCUCUAGAUGGUCCCAGCUUAAAACCAUCCUUCCAGCUUGAAAUGAUGGCUGAGGUCUCUGGAAUCAGAGUGGAUGAAAGUGAGCCAGCCUGUCAGGAAGGUAAAUCUGCUGCUAAGAAAAUAAUGCAUCUGUUUACAAAGGAUAACAUGAAUGUCUCGAAAAUCAAACAUGAAUUUCUCCCGUGCCAAGGUGAUCUAUGGCAUAAGUGGAGCAAAAUACACAAAGAACUAUAUAAUCUCAGAGGACACAUUGAAAAGGAGAAAAGUAAAAAGCAACAAGAACUGAAAACCAUACGUCAGGAACAAUGUGCUGCUUCCUGCAGUAAACUGAUGGAGUUGUUCAUUAAAAGCCUCUCAUCAUUGCCACUGACAGACAAACAGUAUUUCCUGAAAUGGACUCAGAUCUUGAUGGAUGAUUUCUCCACAGAUGAUCUUUCCUCAGUUCUCCAAAGCUAUGGUGAAAAGUGGUCCGAGGUCUUGGCUUUGAAGAACAAACACAUGAAAUCACAUCUGUUAAUAAAAAAACAAACUGAGCUUGAAGAAAUAUCCAAAAAACUGCAGUCUGCAACUUUUGGUUUGGAGCACAUCUUCAGAGAAAUGGGACAGAUCUAUGAAGCUCAUAGAGCAAUAGAAGGACAGAGCAGACACACUGACUGGUCUAAAUACCCUGAGCUGGCUGCACAGCUGAUGAUAUCAGGACACCCGAUGGAGCUGAUGGAUGGUGAUGCAGGUCACGUGCCUUUAACAUGGAUCUCCAGUCUUUUAGAGGAAGUCAUCAAGAAACUGGGGGACCAGAGAGUUUUUGUGUUGUCAGUUUUGGGCCUACAAAGCAGUGGAAAAUCAACAAUGCUGAACACCAUGUUUGGAUUGCAGUUUGCAGUGAGUGCAGGCAGGUGCACCAAAGGUGCCUUCAUGCAGCUGCUCAAAGUAUCAGAGGAGAUGAAGAAAGACUUGAAGUUUGACUAUCUUCUAGUGGUGGACACUGAAGGACUGCGUGCUCUUGAGCUGGAAGGUAACAUCACUCUUCACCAUGACAACGAACUGGCAACAUUUGUUGUUGGUCUGGGAAACCUGACACUGAUCAACAUCUUUGGAGAGAAUCCAUCUGAGAUGCAGGACAUCCUGCAGAUUGUUGUUCAGGCUUUCAUGAGGAUGAAGAAAGUUAAACUUUCUCCCAGUUGUGUGUUUGUUCACCAGAAUGUUACAGAUGUUGCAGCAGCAGAGAAAAACAUGGAAGGAAAGAGACGCCUGCAAGAAAAACUGGACCAGAUGGCCAAUAUAGCAGCUGAAGAGGAAGUUUACAGUGCAGAGUGCUUCAGUGAUGUCAUUGAAUUUGAUGUACAAGAAGAUGUGAAGUACUGUGCCCAGCUAUGGGAGGGCAGUCCACCCAUGGCUCCUCCUAAUCCAGAUUACAGUGAGAGCAUCCAAGAAGUGAAGAACACCAUCCUCUCUAAAGCUUCAAAGUCUGCUGGAAUCACUCUCUCACAGUUCAAAAACAAAAUCCAGGACCUGUGGCAUGCCCUCCUCAAUGAAAACUUUAUUUUCAGUUUUAAAAACACAUUUGAAAUGGCAGCGUACAGAAAACUGGAGGACCAAUACGGAAACUGGACCUGGGACCUGAGGAGCAACAUGUUGACCAUUGAAAAUCAGCUUUAUAACAGAAUUGAAAAUGGAAAUCUUGACAAGGUGAAAGUGAGUGACCUUACAAAAAAAACAAGCAAGACUUAUGAAAAAAUAAAAACAGCAAUGAAAAAGUAUUUUGAGGAGGAUAGAGAGAAAGAAAUCUUGGCUCAGUGGAGAGGCCGAUUUGACACCAAACUCAAAGAGUUUCAUGAUGAACAGGUGAGCACAGUGAAAAGAAAACUGGAUGAAGUUAUUCAACAAAAGGAGGCUCGUAAAAAGCUGGAUGAUAAGAAAAAAGAGUUUGAGGACAGGCUGCUACAGAAGAGCAAAGAGCUCGCUCAGCAGUUGAAGGAUAAGGCCAAAGAUGAAGAAGAGCUUCAAAAACAGUUCAGCUCUGUUUGGGAGGGCUGGGUUACUGAAUUAACACCAGAUAUAAAACCUGUUAAAGACAUCUACAUGGAAGAAGAUCAGUUUAAAAUCUUUCAAGAACUUGGUUUUGAAGAGAAACUCAUAAAUGAAUGCAAACAAAAAGGCAGUUACAAGAAAAUAGCCAGUGUUGGUGAUUAUUCAGAUUAUGUCAUCCUUCAAAAGAUUAAAUGUCUUGAUGAGACAAGCGAAAGUGAACCAAGUCGAGAUAUUGUAGAGAAUUACAAUCACACAGGUAUACUAGACACAUAUGUUAAAAAACCUGUCUCAACUCUUUGGAAAUAUACCAAAACAUUUUUUCGAUACAGUUCACAGCAUAAAUCAUACAGUGCUUUACCUCGUGAUGCACAGGAACAGAUCAGAUUGCUCAUUGAUAACGCUGAAAAACAGUCCCUUGAUUCGAUCAAAACCAAACCUGUGGCUACAAGAGGCUACACAUCAACUUACUUGCGAGAAGUGGCAACAACUGUAAAUCAAGAAGUGGAGAAAUUUCAGUUAGAGAGUAAAUAUAAUUUGAAGAAGGAAUUUAAAGUUGACCUCUUACUGUAUGUUUUCUACAAAGCAGAGAUUUUGCUUCUAGACUCCCAGAAAAAAUUCAAAAUGAAUCAUGAUCCACUCACUUAUUUAGAAAGCAAAAAAACACAGUAUUACAAUGUUUUUAGAAGCUUUUGCAACGGAAACUCAUCUGCUGUUGUGCUUGCAGAACUGAUCUCUGAAAAGCUGAAAGCGUCCACUGUUGAGGCUGUCUGUAACAAGACUGCCAUUGGUCUGGCUGGAGAGAUGAGGUGUAAUUUCCCAGCAUUCAAUGGGAACAGGCUGAACUUGGAGAAACAUGUGCUGAAGUCACUCGCUGAGAAAGAAGACUUUGAUGAUUACAUCACCUACAUCAGAAAUCCAAGAAGCCAAACAGAAGUAUUUAUAAAAGCAGAGGUAGAGAAAUACAUCUUCACAGGCCACAGAGAUAAAAUUGUGAACAUACUCGAGAAAAAUGUUGAUGACAUUAAGCUGCUGGUGAGUCAAGCUUUAUCUACUGCAACACAGAAAGUGCAAACUCGGAGAGGAGAUAUAAAUAUGUGGCUGAAGGAGUUUUCUAGUUUCCUUAAAGAAGAGUUAACUCUUGAUACCUUUUCUUCUCAAAACUUCAGUGACAUAAAUAAUUUUGAUUUCUUUAUGGAAGCAAUAAAGAAAGAAUUUAUAUGCAUAAUUCAUGAGAUAAGCAGCCUCUCGUUGGAAAAACUGAAGGAAUUCAGGCUGAAGCCUGAUGAAAUCCUCAUUGAUCAGCUGUGUAAUUGUUGCUGGGUAACGUGUCCCUUCUGUGCAGCUGUUUGUACUAACACCAUUGGGGAUCACAGGGAUACUGACCACAGCGUCCCUUUUCAUCGGCCUUCUGGAAUCAAAGGAUGGCACUAUAGAGGCACAGUGGAAUUCAGCAUCAACUUCUGCACAACAAAUGUUGCAAGUGAUCGCAGGUUUUACCCUCGUCAUGAUUCAGAGGAAACUGUUCCCUAUAAACUGUACAGGACUGCUGGUCCAGAGUAUGCUAACUGGAGAAUUACCUCUGAUGAGUCUAAACUGGCAUACUGGAAAUGGUUUGUGUGUCGAUUUCAAAAUAAACUGGAAGAGUACUAUAAGUUAAAAUUCCAGGGCAGAGGAGAGAUUCCCAGUGAGUGGAAAACAAUCUCUAAAAAUGAAGCCAUUAAAAGUCUAGAUGAAAUGUAUGAAUGAGUCAAAGAAACAAAAUUAUUGUCGUUAGAUUUUACAGAAUGAUAGAAAAAAGACUUGAAGAGUUAAAUAAAAUAGUAGAAUUUGCAGAAAUGACUGCAUUUUUACAGGUAAAGCACAGCAUGUGAGAUUAGACUGUCUCAAUAUGUAACAAUGAUUAAACAUUUAAAGUAACUCUUAUUGAAAUGCAGCCUUUGCAAUAAAACCUUUCUGUAUGUAUUUUACAUUGGAACAAAUACAUUCAUUUUACUUUGUUGCUUUUGCUCAAAGUCAUUGUAGAUAAAGUUCAAUUAUAAUUCUUUAAUCUUUUGUUUAACAGUUGUGUCAAGUAAUAUAUUUCCAAUCAACUGAAUUUCUCUCACAUGUUGAUAUUCUGUAUUUUUUCUCAUUUCAUUUUAUUGCAUUCUACUGGACAACUUACAGUUUAUUACCUCUGUAUAUUAAUCAAGUUUUCUAACUUCAUUUAAAAGAAAGAAAACAGAAAUGAAACUCUAUUACAUCAAUAUCCACUGACAGAUUUAGAGCUUAUGAGAUUUGUUUAGUUGGUUAUAAUACGUUUUAAAUCAGUUAUUCUACCCACAUUGAGAUUAGAUUUUUUUGUUUUAUCUUGAAUAUUUCUAAGUGUUGUUUUAUGAUCAAAAUCUUGUUAGACUUUAGAUCACUGACAAAAUAUUAAAAAAAAUAUUUAAGAAACAA